GAAUUCCCAAACUGCACUAAGCUCAUCAUUGAACUCAACCAAAAAACGCAGUUGGUUCAGUAUAUUGCUGGUAAGCGUGCAAAUUGAUUUAAUUUAAAGAAAAGAAUCUCAUGUUCAAAAUUGCACCCGUACUAAAAAAAAAUUCAUCAGCGAGUGAAGAGCGCGGACGUGCUGUUGGUUCCGAUUGCUGCACUGAUCAAUUCUGAUUGGCUCUUCAAAAGUUACCUGGGGUUUUUCUGUUUUUCUUGUGAAAAGAAAGUCAUGCAAACAUGUACGUUCAAAUAUCGAAAUUCACUCGCCAUUUUGGUCUCUUAUGAUGGGUGCAAUUCGUUUAUUUUGUGAUGGCCUCACCAAGAGAAAAGUAUCCAAGAAAGUGAGUCUUUCAGUAUCUCAACGUUUUUGCUAUUCUGUUGGCCACGUUUUGAACGAUUUGGCAGGCAACACAUGGUUCAGUUAUCUCCUCGUCUUUCUCACGAAAAUAGCUGGUCUUCCAAACGCUCACGCUGGAUAUGUCCUCUUAAUAAGUCAAGUUUUCGAGGGAAUUUGCACACCUCUAGCUGGAAUACUGUGUGAUAAGACAGUCUGUAAAUACGGACGGCGAAAGUCAUGGCAUUUACUCGGAACGGCUUGCGUUACAAUUUCGUUUCCGUUCAUUUUCAAUCGAUGUCUAGGCUGCACUGAUAGCAGCAAUACUGCGAAAUUCUUUUAUUACACUGGAUUUUCUAUGGUAUUCGGGUUUGGCUGGGGAAGCACACAAAUUGGACAUUUGUCGCUUAUUCCUGAAAUCAGCAAACGAGAAAGUGAACGAGUUGAGCUGAACGCGUUAAGGUCUGCUCUGACUUUUCUAUGCGGGAUAUACGUAUAUGGAGUGACGUGGAUUCUUCUUGGUCAAAGCAAGGAAGAAACACUUUCUCCCAAUGUCUGGAAACAAUUUAUGUAUCUUGGUUUCAUCGUUGUGGGGACGGGUACGCUUUUUAAUAUCAUUUUUCACGUGGGAACGAAAGAGCCUCCGUCAGAAGCGUUGCUAAAAUGGCAGCAAGAAAGAAAACACAAGAAACUUGGAAAAGGAAAGAGUGAAAGAAAAGCUCUUCUCAAAGUUGACUGUCACCCUUCCCCCUUGGGACACCGCUUUCCCUCUCAACGAGUUACAACUUCCGUAUGUGAGAAACUGCAGACGCCAUCUUCUUGUAGCGAUGAACUGACGUCUUCAGCUGUGUCUUCUAUUGAAUCCACCCUGGAGAAAAAUGAAACAGAAAAUGUGAUAAAGGAAGAAAUCAUCUGUAGAAACGCAGCAAAUGGUACUCCAAGAACCUGGAAAGACUGGCUGAAAGACCCAGCAUUUUACAAGACUGGUUUAAUUUACACUUGCAGCCGACUUGUAGUAAAUGUGUCUCAGUCGUAUCUGCCUCUUUACCUAACGGAAACACUUAAGUUUGAAAAGGAAGCAAUUGCCUAUUUUCCUCUUGUGGUGUUAAUUAGUGGUGUUUUUGCCAGCGGAACAGUUAAGGCCUUGAACAAAAGGCUCGGCAGUAAGAUUACAUUUUCCUUGGGAUGCAUGCUGGCAAUGAGCGCCUGUUUUUGGUUUUAUGUCCAAGACAUAAGAGGACGUAAUGUUGUUUACGCCACCGCAAUAAUUAUGGGAUGCGGAGGAUCUGUCAUGCUGGUGACGUCAUUAUCUUUGAUAGCAGAACUGAUUGGGCACGAUAAGAAAUCUGGCGCGUUUGUGUACGGAACUAUCAGCUUCACAGACAAAUUGUCCAGCGGUGUAAUCAUUGCCAUCAUUCAGGAGAUGAACCCACGAACUAACAUGACGUACGUGCUGGCUUUCUUUUGCUAUUUUGUAGAAUAAACUAUUUCCAAAUUACCUUUAGCCUCUUCCUCAAGGUGAGUCUUGGUGCCCGUCUUUCAUAUGAAAAUGAGAUUUUAUUCACAUGCAAAUUAAACUCAUUUUCAUGUAAAUGGUAGUGUACCAGGCCUCGCCUUGAUAAAGGGGCUUAAUGCAACUCGCAAAUGGACUAUUAUGGAAUCAGAAAAGCCCAAUAGCUAGCGCUGUCAUUGUAGUUAUCGCCGGUUUGACAUAUAAACAAGGCGAUAGGGUCAAUGCUGCUUUGUAUCGACGCUUUCGCCUCGUUAAUAUGUCUUUUAAAACGGAAGGAUAUUUGACCGCGGGCUCAACUGCAAGAACAACUAUUCGGUCUUUGGCAUAACUACAAAUGGAAUGCUUUCGAAACUAAUUUCGUUUUUUCCAUUUUUCAAUUUCCGCCGAAAAAUGUUUUUUUUCUCAUCUUUGGAAGUGUGCAAAUAAUUGCACUUAGUUUUAUUCUGGUCAGGCAAAAAUUAAGACAUACUGUAAUAAGAAAAUUAAAGUCGUUUGGUGCUUAGCAUUUUUUGUUGUUUCUGGAAUAAGUAACCUUACCGAAAUGAAGAUUUGCAAAAGAUUUUCGAACUCCGCUUUAACACAGAA